UCCAAGCAUUUUUAACCCAAAUGAAUUAUAUCUGUCGAUUGAUCUUCACGUUCUCCAUAAAAAUAAAUAUUUUUCAAACGAUAGGAAGAAUCAUUUCAAUGUUUUCUUUUCAUAGUUUUUCUAGAUCUCAUGUAUUUUCGAAAAUCAAUGUUUGAAAAACAAAAUUUGCUCAAUUUAUUUCCAAAAUACAGUUGAUAUCAUGGAUAUUUUUGAAAUUAUUUACUAGUUUUGCCGAUAAAAAAAAUCACUGGAAAAUAAUGAAAGAAUGAUGAUAUUAAUAUGAUUGACAACUAGAGAAUGUUAUUUCCGUGCAUUCUCGCUUUCCCCCCAUUUGAUUGUACAGUAAAAGUGCCCACGGCCUUGUAUAUACGAGUGAGUGAAAAUCCUUUCGCCUCCACUACGAUCAACCGUAUCGUGUGUACACUACUAGAGCGAAUGAACUUGGUGAAAAAAAAUCAUUCAGUUGACAAUUAUUCGGUGAAAAUUGUUUUAAAUGUGUCUGAUAAUUUUGGUUGAUGUGCUGAUGAUCAAUGGUGAAUAGUUGAGAUGUGACAUCUGAAAACCCUCUAUUUACAGGGAUUUUAAUUGUUGAGAAGGAGGAAUUACAGUGGGAGUGAUACAUCACUCCAAGGAGAGGCUACAACUGGUAUCGACAUCUUCAAUUUUUCAUUGGUGAAAAUUCAGAGUCAUUCAUAGUGCACGAAACAUUGUGCCAAGUUUUCUUGGGAAUUGUUGAGUGAUACGAGUAAUUAACAUGUGAGAGAUGACGUAAAUUGCCGGGAUAAUGUGGUUGUGAGUGAAUUGUGAGUGGAAUAAUCUCCGAAGAAAUUCAUGUCGACAUGGGACCUGUGGGAGACGCAAUUUGAGUAUAAAUUCGUUGUUUAUUUUUUUUAAGGCAGAUUUUACAGCCAUUAUUCAGUUAUAAGCGGUUGUGAUUGUUGUUUUCUUGAGUUCAUUUGGGUUGUUUAGGAGCGAAUGAUUGUUGAAUCCCGGGCAAUAUCUCGGAAUCCGAAUUAUUUCUGAAUGAAAAUUGGCGAACGACUUUUUCUUAGAGCUUUUUUUGAAUGCCUUUGAAAUACUCCAAAGCGAAAUUAUUUUGCUUGGCGAAUAUUUUUUUCUUUCAGCUCUCUUUGAAUUACUUGAGCGAUCCUGGAGUGAAUGAAAAUGAUAUACGAAAAUUGUUCUGGUGACGAGUGUUUUGCAAUUAUAUUCAUCGAGUAUUCCCUAAGUCUCUGUGAGCGAAUGAAAGCGAUGCGCAUGGCGUCCACGAAUUCGUAAUACCCGGGUUAAACGUCCGGUAAAUAUAUCUCAAUGCUGUACAUAUACCACUGUACGUUACGUUCUCCGGUGCUUCGUCUCUUUCUUCUACUUCGUAUACAUUUUAGUCAAUGAAAAAGUGACGGGAGUCUCGCUUGCUUUCUCGUGUGGCGCUCGGAGAUUCCGUUGACGGAUAUUUCGUUGCCGGAAAUGGUAUGCGGGAACAAUUUUUGAGGUCAUGCGCGGUUACAUCGAUUCAUUUGAUUGUUGUUUCAUGAUGUAGUUGAGAUAAUUUGAUAUUUUUGUUUAUAUUCCGUAUGGGGUAAAAAAAAUUCAAGAUUCAGAGAAAUAAAAUUCCCUCCUCUUGAGUUUUAAACGAUGAAUGAAUGAUUUCAAGCGGCUUCAAUGCGAGUUUAGCAGUGGCAGGUAUAGAAAAAAAAAUUAACUUGAAUCGCUGCAAGUUGUAGAAAUUUUUUCCUCCUAUAAAUGAAAAAAAUCCCAGCCUCCGCUAACCUUCGCGAUUGCAAAGCGGAAGGGUCAUCUCUCCCCAUCAAAAAACUAUCCACCUCAUGAUAAUUUAACCUUGAAUAUCUCCUGAUCUACCCCAUGAAAACCAACUCAAAACCACCUUACAAAACCGGAAAUUUCCCAACAAAUCCCCCACCGUGUACCCGGUCCCAUUCCGUCCCCUCCAAAUGCUUCAGUAAACCUCUGAAAAAUCCAUUCUGCCCCAACCUUCCGCCUCCUUUCUCAUCCUACACGUAAACAAACCCGGAGAAUGAAGAAGAAUUAGUGCAUAUCACAUAGCAGAACUAAAAUUAAUCCCCCCCCCCCCCCAAGGGGCUCAAUAGUUGUCCUGGUUGUAUUAAACCCCCUAAGAGUGUUUGUAUGAUACACGUGUGUAUUUCUCCCUCUGAAAUUUAAAUGAAUAAUAAUAAAGAGUUAACCUCCGAUAAUAAAGCGAAGGUAUGGACACACACCCACACACGCAGACAUACACACAUACAGUAGGGACUAACGUGAACGUAAAGUGAGUGGAAAUAAUGUUACUGGUGGUUAGCUACAUGGCGUCUACGGAUACGGUAAUGCUAACGGGAAUGAGAAAACGGGAACACCACGACCUAGACGGGGCAAAACCAGUGUGCUGAACAGAAUUCUCGAGAGUGAGUUGGAAAGGCUACGGAAUUUUAAAAGUGAAAACUGCGUGACGAUUACACAUCCCGAUUUAAAACAUAUCUGACUCGUUCACUUCAGGUGCAUGGGACGCUUUACGGAAUAACAGGAACAUACUGAUAAUGACGUCAAACAUAGUGUCAUUAAACAUCAAUACUGUGAUAACUAAACUCUAGUGAAGUGGUGAUUAAUUUCUUUUCAUAUCAUUUUGUGAACCCAGACGGAGGAAGUGAAGUUUACUUGUGAUUUUUUCCUGGAUUUUUCAACGUCUUCAGUGGAGUUUCGCCCGAUUUCCUGGUGCAGAGGUACUCGAUAUUGAUGGAGUGCAAUAGAACAUACAAAAAUGAAUUAUGACCCUUACGAGCAGCCCGUGUGAGCUAGACAACAUGAGCUUGUUUCAAGACUUCAAGUUGAAAAGGAGAAAGGUCGACUCUCGAUGUAGUAGCGACGGGGAUAGCAUAGCAGACACAUCAACAUCCCCGGAUGUGCCCACGAUGCCAGGUUCAUCAGGCUGUACAGUGGUGAAAGUAAAGAGUGAAUUCCUACGAGGCAGUCCAAGUCCAGUUGGCCGGCAAUUAAGUCAUCAUCCUCAAGAGAGUAGAGGAGAGACAGCAUCGCCAGAUUCAGUGUUCCCGGAGCCUUCCCACCGAGAUAUUAUGUCGACGAGGAUAAGCGAUGAGAGUAGAUCGUUUACGCCAGCGCCAACGAGUCCUGAGCACUCCGCGGUAUCAACAACGCCAGCCAACGACCAAUCCAGGAGUCGAUGUGGCAGCCCAGAGCGAUCAGAUUUAUCCUCAGGCCAAGCAAAACUAGAACCUGACAAUUCGGUUUUUGACGGCGGUGGAGGUGACGACAGACGCGAUAUCACCAGUCAGCCAAGUCCAUCAUCACAGUACACCAUUAAUCAGGCACACAGUCCAAGCAGCAAUUCAUCGCACAGUAGCAAUCAACAACCGCCAACACCACCAAGAUCCAGAGCCCCAUCAGUACCUGCUCAUCUACUUGCCCACCAUCAGUUCUGGUCCAAUUCACAGGGUUUUGCUGCGCAGAGAUUACUCAAUGGAGUAAUCAGCAGUGCUGUUGGAUAUGGACAGAAUAUGGGAGGCAACGGUGGUAACGGAAGCAAUGGAAGUAAUCAGGGCAAUGGUGGAAGUGUUUCCAGUGGCAGUACAGCGUCUGCUUCACCAUCAAGUGAAGGAAUGAAGCCCCCGGCCCAGCGUGCAGCGCCGUCAGCCCCCAGGCCACCUCCCACAGUGAUAAUGGGUGAGGUGGGUGGUGUCAGGACCAUGAUAUGGUCAGCACCAGCAAUGGAACCCGUUCCCCCGCCGGCUGCGUCUUGGACGACGACAGCGUCUUCAGCCUCCUGCUCCUCGUCUGAAGAAUCAGCAGCGCAAUUGCUGCUGAAUCUCGGGCAGGAGUCCAGGGGGAAACCUCCCUGUGUCUCCUACGCAUCAGGCCCUCCCUUAAACAUGGAGAGACUGUGGGCGGGGGAUUUAAGUCAACUACCUGCUGCUCAGCAAAUGCAGGCGUUGAAUCUAACUGCUUCGGGGUCAAGUCCAAAUCAACCAUGGGUGAGAAAUGGUGGUGCUGUUAAGUCUGAAGCUUCCUUACAGUCAUUACAGCCUAUAGCGCCAACUCCACCAUCCAUAGCACUGCAAGAACAUGAGGAGGACGAGACACCCAUGAUAUGCAUGAUAUGCGAGGAUAAGGCCACUGGACUUCAUUAUGGGAUCAUCACGUGUGAAGGGUGCAAAGGCUUCUUCAAAAGAACAGUGCAAAACCGAAGGGUGUAUACGUGUGUGGCGGAUGGUGUUUGUGAAAUAACGAAAGCGCAGAGGAAUAGGUGUCAGUAUUGCCGGUUUAAGAAGUGUAUAGAACAGGGUAUGGUGCUUCAGGCUGUACGUGAGGAUCGUAUGCCCGGUGGCAGGAACUCCGGGGCGGUUUACAACCUCUACAAAGUAAAAUACAAAAAGCACAAAAAGGCAAAUAAGGGGAAUGUGGGUGGUGGCAAUGCGGGGGGUGGUGUAAAUGGUUCCGGACAACUCGGAGGGAACAAGGGUACGGCUGUGGCAACGACCAUGCUGGACAAGCACAUGGCGGCGGCAGCAGCCGCCGCUGCUGCCCAUCACAAUCAGCAACAGCACACACAAAUGGGAGGAUCAUUCCUCCAUCAUCACAAGAUCUCAGCGGAUCCACAUAAUACACAACCCGCCCCCAGUCAUCCCAAUCAUCCCUCCCACACCGGUCAUCUCGUCAACGGAACGAUACUCAAGACAGCACUUACGAAUCCAUCAGAGGUAGUACAUUUACGACAGAGACUCGACAAUGCUGUCAGCAGCUCAAGAGAUCGGGCAUUUCCUCUCGAAGCAACCCUAGCAAUGAUUCAGACACUUAUAGACUGCGAUGAGUUCCAGGAUAUUGCUACCUUACGAAAUCUGGAUGAACUACUGGACCAUAAAUCAGACUUAAGCGACAAAUUAUGUCAAAUAGGCGACAGUAUAGUAUACAAGUUGGUGCAGUGGACCAAGAGGCUACCUUUCUACCUUGAAUUACCGGUUGAGGUACACACGAGGCUGCUAACACACAAAUGGCAUGAACUACUUGUCCUUACCACCUCAGCCUACCAGGCAAUGCAUAGUCAGCACAAGUUCACUAAUUCAUCGGAUACCACUGGUGCUGAUUUUAUGCAGGAGGUAUCGAACAAUAUGUGCACACUGCAGGCCUGCCUAACCAGCAUGAUGGGCAGGCCCAUUACGAUGGAGCAGUUGAGACAGGACGUUGGACCUAUGGUGGAGAAGAUAACUUACGUCACCCUCAUGUUCAGGCGAGUUAAACUCAGGAUGGAGGAGUACGUCUGUCUCAAAGUCAUCACUAUGCUUUCACAAGCGCGAGGAGGUACAAUGGAGUUAGAACAAAUACAGGAUCGUUAUAUGAGUUGUUUACGAAGUUUUGUGGAGCACAGUGCACCCCAGCAACCGGGUCGAUUCCACGAUCUUCUCCUGAGAUUGCCCGAAGUGCAAUCGGCAGCGACUCUUCUCCUCGAGAGCAAAAUGUUCUACGUUCCUUUUCUUUUGAACUCAGCAAUUCAAAGAUAGUAGCUAAAAUCCCCCCCUUCAAACCGAAUUCAAACGAUGAAAAGCGUAAUAUGAUGGGUGAAGCACCCAUUGACAACUGCCCCUGCGUGUCAGGCAAAGACUUUCAUGUAUAUAUAUACAUAUAUAAUAAACAAUAUAAAUGUGUUUUUCGUUGACGUGUACAAAACUAAGGAAAAAAACACAAAAAACUAUUGAGAAUGUGAAAAUAAUAAUAAUAAUAAUAAUAAUAAUAAUAAUAAUAAUAAUAAUAACUAAAAAUAACUAAGAUGAAGAAGAUGAGGAGAUAAAGUACUAGGUAAUUUUUCAUUGAUGCAAUGGAGAAGGAAAAUAUAAACAAAAUGAUAGGGAAAUUAAUGAAAAGUUGAAGAAAAUACAAUUGACAAGAACUGAAAACUUUUAUAUCGAAACUAAAAGACUAUAUUUCUGUACGCAGUCGCGCAACUAAUGUCAUUGUGUGUUCAUGUUGCAUAAUCCAAUCGAUUUAAAUUAAGGCUCUCGUACAUUUUGUGCCCUGGUAAUGAAAUUUAUUGAGAAUUAUUGAUAAUUAGAGAAUGAUAAAUUUGAGAAAUUUAAUUUUGAGUUGAAGUGGUCAAACGAUAUUUGUUGAAUAUCUCGAGAUGGAGCUGCCUUACGCCAAGAACCUUCGAGACAAUUUUUUUGAAAAUUUAAUCCUCCAUAACAAAAUCGGAAAUAUUUCACUUUAUUAUUGAAGGAUAUGGAGAUAAUUACAUUAUUAAAAAUUCAACUCCUACUUGAGUUGAACUAUUUUGCCGUAUUUUACUCUACCAUCGCUGACUAUUGAGAUAAGUGUAUAAUUAAAUGAGCGGAAAUUCAACUUUUGACGUUUUAUCACUUCAAUCCAGAAUCAACGGACUAACUUAAUUGAUUAAAUGAUUUAUUGAAUGGCAAAACCGACGUGGAAAUACUUGAAAUACUAAUAUUCGUUUGAGUAAUUAGUAAUCGAUGAUGUUUAGGGCCCCAUUGCAUUUUUUAAAUUAUUUAUCAGUGAAUUGUUUUAUAGAUUUUCUAGGCGGUGAGGAUCUAAAAUUUUGUGGGGAAAGUGGAGCAUGUUUAAAAAUUGAUUGAAUUGGCAGUAUUUAGAAGCCAAUUUUGUCAUUCGAAAUUGCACUACAGAGAUCCAUUUUUCCUUCAAAAUUCUUCUCUCCAGUUUUUUAGAUUUUUUUUUCAUCUCGAUUAUCGAUUUUUUCGAAUAGUUUGAGCAUUUUUCGAGUUAGUUUUUUUUACCGCAAUACGAUGGAAACGUGGAAAUUUGCUUAAUGCCUGAAAAAUUCUGUAGUGAAGUAGUGAAUCGCCAUUAUCUCGAUGAUUGCAGAAUUGAUAAAUCAAAAGUUAUAGGUAAUUUCACAGUUGUUGACUGUUUAAUUACCUUUACAAUGAGUUAUCUUGUGGAAAAAAUAUCACCAAAGCUUCUCGACAGGAAAUUCAUCUUUCAGUACAGAAUUGUAACUUGUUGAUUUUUUUAAAUUAAAAAUGUUAUAAUAAAUUUGAUGAAAAAAAGACUGCACACGUCGGUACGUGAAAGUAUCCAAAAAAUGAAAUCAAUUAAUUUCCGAGAGUGCGCACACUCGGUUUCCUUCGAUUGGCUCAAUAAAUCAUAAGGUACGAGAAUAAAGAAAAAUCUUUAGUAAUAAAACAAAAUUGAAAAAAAUGAUUUUCUAAGUUUUUUUCAGCAUUUAAAAAUUGAUAUGAAAAGUCCCAUUAUCUUAUUGGAAGCGAAAUUUAUCCAAAACUUGCCCGAAGAGCCCAAAGCAACAAGAAAAAUCUCAUGAAUAGAAAACGAAGAUAAAACCAAAAAUCUAUAAGGAAUAACGAAUGAAAUCGAAAUUUAAUUAUUAUCUUUUUUUACUCUUGCCUCUGUAAAAAUCAUGAGAAACACGAAUAACACGAAUUUCAAUGGCUGUGUGCCUUCCCCUCUGGACUUGAUUAACAAAAAAACUGAUUAAAAAAUUAUAGGUAAAUUGACAAUAAUUUUACCCCCAUUGGACGACCAAUUAGAGUAAUGCGAAAUCGAUACUUAUCAAAAC